GAACGCGCCGAGGGGCACGCAGGCGUCUGCGCGAAAUGCGGCUUCACGACAACUGGUGGGGAGGCGUUUCGGGUGCACACAUGACGGCGAAGCACGCGAUAGGCCCGCCCCCCAAGUGUGAGUGCGAUUCGCGUGGCCCGCACCGCACCGCGCGCGAGAACCCCGGCGCCUCCUCCACAACCCCGGCCGCCGCUGCGAGAGCGCGUCCAUCAGCGCGCCCUCGACCUUCGAUGCCCCGCUUGUGGCAAGCGCUGUCGCGCGCAGUUCCACUUCAGUUGGCGCAAAGGCCCACUGCUGCGGCCAACACGCCCUGA